ACCAUCAGUCUGCCGGUCCACAUGUCAUCCGGCAGCUCUGCAGCAGGGGGGGGGCAAUGGAACAGCCCUCCCUGGAGGAACAGCAGCUUCAUCCUGGGGGGGGGCAGAGACCCUCCUCUAUCAGACCAGGGAGAGACCAUCAUCGGAGUUUACCUGCUGCUGCUGGGGUGGUUGUCCUGGUUCGGGAACAGCAUCGUGCUCUUCGUUCUUUACCGACAGAGAGCCAGCCUGCAGCCCACGGACUACCUGACCUUUAACCUCGCCGUCUCUGACGCCAGUAUCUCUGUGUUCGGCUACUCCAGAGGCAUCAUCGAGAUCUUCAACGUCUUCCAGGACAGCGGAUACUUGAUCUCCUCCAUCUGGACCUGCGAGGUGGACGGGUUCUUCACGCUGGUGUUCGGUCUGAGCAGCAUCAACACGCUAACAGUGAUUAGCAUCACACGCUACAUCAAAGGAUGCCACCCGAGCAGAGCUCGUCACAUCAACAGAAUCAGCGUCUCCGUCUGUCUGCUGCUCAUCUGGAUCUCAGCUGGGUUCUGGUCCGGAGCUCCGCUGCUCGGCUGGGGGAGUUACACAGAUCGGGGCUACGGGACGUGUGAGGUGGACUGGGCGAAGGCGAGCCAUUCGGGGGUGUAUCGGUCGUACAUCGUGUCGAUCCUGGUGUUCAGCUUCCUGGUGCCGGUGCUCGUCAUGCUGUUCUGUUACGUUUCCAUCAUCAACACGGUGAAGAGAGGAAACGCGCUGUCAGCUGACGGAGACCUGAGCGACCGCCAGAGGAAGGUGGAGAGGGACGUCACCAUCGUUUCCAUAGUGAUCUGUACAGCCUUCAUCCUUGCCUGGUCUCCGUACGCGGUGGUCUCCGUGUGGUCGGCGUGCGGUUUCCACGUUCCGAACCUGACGAGCAUCUUCACGCGUCUGUUUGCUAAGUCUGCGAGUUUCUACAACCCGCUCAUCUACUUCGGCCUCAGCUCCAAGUUCAGGAAAGACGUAGCGGUGCUGCUGCCGUGCGCCGGCGACGCCAAAGACGCCGUCCGGCUGAAACGUUUCAGACCGAAGAACGACGGGCGUCUCCGAGCUCCUCUGAACCGCACCGAGAAGAAGUACGCCCCCGCGCACCUGCCCCAACCCCCCAAACCGGCUCAGGGGAGCCCGCCCUGCACGCCGCCGCCGGCCAAUAGGGAGGUGUUCUACAUCGACAAGCCCCGCCCAUCUGACACGGGAUCAGAGUUUGAGUGUGAAAGACUGUAG